CUUUAAUUAUUUGGAAACAGUUAAAUUUAUGCAGUGUGAUAUCUCCAGUAUUGAAGUGUUUUGUGAUCAGCAAAAAGUUGGUUGGAAAGGAAACAUCAUUUGUAUAGUGUGUAUAUACAUGGUAUUUUUCUUGCAAAAUGUUCAAGUUAUUUAUAUCAUUUGGUUAAAAAUAAAGAUAAUAUGUUAUAACUUGAAUAUUUGAGGCUUGAUGUCUUUAAUGUUUGUUGUUAUAGAUAUCCUAUACAUCAAUUCAUGGUUAACUUUGACUUAUUUAUAUAAAAUUUGUAUAUAGUUUUAUUUUCUGAUUUUCUAAAAAAAAUCUAGUAGUAUUAAAUGAUAUUUAUAAAUUUAUGAUACAUAUUAUUACCAUGAGAAAAAAAUUGGUGUAAUUUUUUUAUUUCUCUUAAAGUUCAAUUAUGAAUGUAUUUUUAAGAAGUACUGUUAAACAAGAAACAAACAAACAAUAUUUAUCUGCAUCAAAUAUUUAAUUCCUAGUUAUUUAUUUUGGGAAUUACAUCUUCUAGAAACAAAAUUCUAUAAAUAUCUGAGCAAAAAAAUAUAAAUUGGUAUAUUACUCAACAACCAGAUUACAAGUUUCAUCGGGAAACAUAGGCGAUGGAAAACCCGAUUGUUAGAUUUUACACUAAGUCAAAGAUGCCGCGCCUGCGAUGGGCCUCUGAUCUCCACCACUAUUUUGUUUAUGUUGUUAAUCAACUCGGUGGCGAAAGAAAAGCAACUCCUAAGAAGAUUGUGCAGGCAAUGGGUGUGAAAAGUCUCACACUAUCUCAUGUAAAAAGCCAUCUCCAGAUGUAUAGGAACAAGAAGCGGAGAGACUCAGUACAAGCAGAAAGGAGAAUGAGACAAGAAAUGAGGUGGAGGCAAUCUCAACAACACCUUCAAAUCUAUGAACGCCUUCGAGACGCUACUGAGUUUAUGCAAAAUCAACGAAGGCUAAGCGAUAAUAAAGAAAAAACAAUCGCAUUUCUGAAACCGAGUAACAAAACUAUGGAGGUCGGACAUGCUGACGAUGGUGUGGUUGCUGCUGGCUAUGGUGCAAAUGUUCGUUUAGACUCGACGGGAGUUUUGAAGGGUGAAGAGAAAUUGUCCCUUGGACUCACUCUUGGACUCAAUUACUAAGAGGACUUCGGUUCUAUCCUUUUUAAGUUUCCUAUAUUUAUGUAAUUCUUGGUCCAUAUAAUGGGAUGAGAACAAUAAAAAUGAACAAUAUGCGUUCCAAUAAAAAAAGGAACAAUAUAAUAUAAAAUGUAACUAUUUGAUUUUUCAUCCAUUAUUUGGUUGAAAUAUUCUUAAGUAAUAAAUAUUUUAUUGCAGACAAGAAUCUCUUCGUAUCAUUCACUGAGACCUAGUUCUUCUUCUCUGUAUCAAGUUUAUGCAAAAACAUUUGCUAUUAACUUCACCUAUAUCUCUGUCCCUUUGGUGAAGCCCCUGAAAUCGUAGACCAUUUAAAGAUUUUGACAAAAUUUAUAGUUUAUGAAUGUUCUGACCUUGUAGACAUUUCCGAAUCCACCUUGACCAAGCUUAGUUUAAGGCAAGAAGAGUCUGUUGGAACCCAAAUUUUGUAAUCUUUGGACUGUGUAAAAUUUUGGAUUAAUAUGAAAAGAAAGGUGUAUCAAAUGUUUGUUGGGCUCUAAAUGAAAAGUUUUUUACUGAAAUAAAAUGGAAUAAUAAGAACUUUUACAUUUCUUAUGACAAGAUAAAUCAUGUACUAUAUGUAUGGCAUCUCUUUGACAAGGUUCACAAGCUUGUAGGGUAGUAUAUACGGAGAAGGAGUGAGAAAGAUCGUACCACAAGAAAACAUCAAUUUAGAGACUUCUCUUGCACUAUACAUGGCAAUUGCAAUAUUGUGUGACUAGUUUUUAACUAAUUUACAACUACCAUACAACAGUCAUAUAUAGUCGCAAAUAUGUGACCAAAAACAGUUAUGGUAAUUUAAGGUUUUGGUGACUCCUUAGGCGAUUCACGAAACUGGCAAGCUCCUCCUCAGAUUUGGUGUUAUGAGGCUCUCCUUGCCAGGAAAAAGAGAUUGGUGUCCAGCUACGUUACAUGGAAACGAAAGCGGAAACGCGGAAGCAGAAUCGUAUGAAAGCGCAGAAGCGAUUUUUUUCAAAAAACUAGGAAGCGGAUCCGUAUUGAAAGCGUAUAAACCUACAUAUAAAAUAAAAUUCUGAAAAUUAAAAGUGUUUAAACUUUAAACCACACAAAUCCAGAAAAGUAUUAAAUAUUAAGCAAUACAACAAAAAAUAAAAACGUUCAGUGUCAAAGAUCAAUUGUAGUUUCACAAUGAAAAUUAUUAGAAUAGAACUUUAACCCUAUAGUUUCACAAUGCAAAUUCAGUUAUACUUUAACCAUUAGCAACCAUCCAAUCAAUAUCGUUGAACGAUACAUAUAAAGCUACAAAUCUCAUGUUUGUGUAAAGGAGAAGAAGAAUAUAACAAUUAACAAACAAAUAAAAGUCUAAAUAAAAUCACCUUGUUGAUUGUUUGGUCUCGGUAAGGAGAAGAAAAAAAGAUAGACACUCAGAAGUGUAAAAGAGAUGAGAACGAUGACUUUGUCGUAGUCUUUUCAGUUUCCUUUUUUUACUAGGGUUUUCAGUUAAAGAUAUAAAACAUAAAAUAUUUAAUUUUCCCUUUUUUAUUUUUAUUUACGAUUCCAACUAUCAAACUUAAACGCUUCCAAAUAGGAUUCAUCGUUUCCAUCACGCUUCCAUAUCUGGUUUUUUUGGAAACGCGAUUCCGGCACGCUUCCAAGCGAUUCCACACGCUUCCGACUCCGUUUCCGCUUCAGAACCAGGAACCAGUACGUGAGACACGCUUCCAUGCAACGUAGGUGUCCAGUACAUCGGUGUGAAAGCCUUCCUGCUCCGUGCAGUGCCUCUGGUUUGUUUUCUAGACGAGUUAAAACUCCUAGAUCUGUGACGUGAAGAACAAGUUUUACAAGAGAAAGAAGAGUAUAAGGUUCCCCUGUGUAGGGUGUGGUUUUUAUUGGCUCCUCUGAUCAUAGGUACAACGCAACAUAACAACCUCUCUUGAUCCAUCGCUCAGAUGAGUUGUUCUUAUGAAAAUCGAGGAAGGGGAGAAAACUCAAAGGCAUCUAAUCGCCGACAGGAUAAAGAUGAUGACAUCAUUCCUAUCCCGGAAUUCGACUAUUCCGACCUGAUCGAGAAAUACAAGCUAACGUUAGUGGGACGCAUGUUUCAUAUUGACGGAAGGAGUGUUGAUGCCUUGAUCAAGCAUAUGCCUAAAAGACACAUAUGGGAUGUUGAAGGCAAAGUAAAGGGAACAAACUUGGGGAAUAACAAAUUCCAGAUUGAUUUCAACAAUGAACAAGACCUCUAAAAUGUUCUCCAGAGAAGCCCUUGUCACUUUAAUAAGUGGAGUUUUUCACUGGAGAGAUGGAUCCCAACAAUUCGAAAAGACUUUCCGGAAUCCAUGCUGUUUUGGGUUGCAGUCUCUGAUGUCCCUAUCCACUAUAAAAAAGAUGAGACAUACCGAAACAUCGGCAAAUCUCUCGGAGUAGUGGACC